GUAGGCGCGUGCGGGUUGCUGGUAGGCUGAAGUCGGCAGCAUGGCGGAACCCGCAGACGGGGCAGACUUGGAGGCGGCCUCGGAGGGGCUCUUGCUGAUGGCAGCCGGCGAUGAGGAGGGGGCCGCGGAGGAGAUCGUGGAGGUGGUGGACCUUGAGGCGCCUGGACCCGAUGAUCUAGCUGAUGAAAUGGAAGAUGUGGAUUUAGAUGAAGAGGAGGCUGAUUGGGAGGACGUUGAGGCAGAGGAAGGCAUGGAGGCCCAAGAUGACAGUGAGGUCACAUUCUCCAAACACACAGCGUCUGUUUUCUGCGUCAGUCUUGACCCCAAGACCAACACGCUGGCAGUUACAGGCGGUGAAGAUGACAAGGCUUUUGUGUGGCGCCUCAGUGAUGGUGAGCUCCUCUUCGAAUGCUCAGGACACAAAGAUUCCGUCACUUGUGCUGGUUUCAGCCAUGAUUCCACAUUCGUGGCCACGGGUGACAUGAGUGGACUGAUAAAAGUCUGGCGGGUGGACGCCAAAGAGGAGAUCUGGUCUUUCGAAGCGGGUGACUUGGAGUGGAUGGAGUGGCACCCUCAGUCCCAUGUCCUUCUGGCUGGCACUGCUGACGGCAACUCCUGGAUGUGGAAGAUUCCUAGUGGAGAGUGCAAGACCUUCCAAGGGCCAUCCUGUCCAGCUACGUGUGGUCAUGUCCUUCCUGAUGGGAGGAGAGCUGUGGUCGGUUACGAAGAUGGGACCGUGCGCAUCUGGGAUCUGAAGCAGGGCAGCUCGCUGCACGUCCUCAAAGGUCAGGACGGGCACCAGGGCCCGUUGACGUGCGUGGCCAGCAAUAAGGAUGGCAGCCUAGUCCUGACAGGCUCUGUUGACUGCCAUGCCAAGCUGGUGAGCUCUGCAACUGGCAAGGUUGUGUCUGUGUUCAGGGAAGAGGCCAUUGUCCCCAAGUCUUCUGCUGAGGAGGCUGAAUCCAACUCAGUUGAAUCUCUGGGCUUCUGCAAUGUGAUGCCGCUGGCUGCUGUUGGCUACUUGGACGGGACCUUGGCCAUUUAUGACGUUGCCACACAGACCCUGAGACACAACUGCCAGCAUGAGUCGGGGAUUGUGCAGCUCCUGUGGGAAGAGAGUUCCCCUGUGGUCUACACCUGCACCCUGGGUGGGGCUGUGUGCCUCUGGGACGCCCGCUCAGGCAAGCUGAUCAGCGAGUACCGGGGCCACUCAGCGGAAAUCCUGGACUUCGCUUUGAACAAAGAUGCUUCCAUUGUGGUUACCACUUCUGGCGACCAUCAGGCCAAGGUCUUCUGUGUGCAGCGCCCUGACCGCUAACAGGGCUCCGUUUGAGCAGUGAUUGGCACUGUGAAGAAGCAGUUCUGUGUGGAUGCAAGUGGCCACACCAGUGCGACUGUGGUGGGGUGGGCAGGAUGGUUGUCAUCCCGUCUAAGAGGGCAUCUAAUGUUUUUGGGAAGGGGAGGCUUUGCCACCCUAUCCCCUGACUGUCCAAGGGCUAGUUUUUUGGAGUUUUGGAUGAGAAGCUUUUAAUUAUUCCCCCUGCCUACUGAAGAGCUACAAAGGUGUGCAAACACACUGUGUCUGGUCUGGGGGAUAGAUCAUCUGCAUGACUGUGGUGGGAGAGGUGUGCCGUGCCUUUUUCUGCAUUUUUUCUGGUAUGGCUCCCCCUUGUAUAACUUGCGAAGGAGUGUGCAAAAAUCCUAGUAAUCAAAUGCAUUGGCUUCCAUCUGCCUCUGCAUAAGCUGAAAUGACAAGGAAAUAUGUCCUCCCACCUCCCCUGUUUGAAACCUUUGCCCUUGGUCUGGGUGAGCAAAUCAUGUGGCUUAGCAGGGAGGGAUCAGUUUUAGCCAGAGUUCUGAUACUCACACAUUGUCUUGGAAACAUCAUCUUAUGGUUGGUUGAAUAGAUCAGCCUGGGAGUUGGGCAAUGGAUCUCUCCAGCAACAAAUACACAAUUUGUUCGAACGAUCCCUCUAACCUCUGCUAUAUUAGAUGACACCGUGAUGCAAUAAAAAAAGAACAAAUGAAAAAGAAAGGCUUUCAUUUUCGCAAGGACAUCGUUUGGGGACCUAUUUGUCCAUGGUCAAACAGUGAGUCUGUUGACUGUUGUCUACUCCCAAACCAAUGGUCAUUAAAUAAAAAUAAAAAUGUGUGCUUACGUUCCUGAAAAACUGGAAAGGGGGAAUGAAUGAACACAUGGAGGCAUCCCUUGUUCCUCCGCCAGCUAGUUCCCUGGUCUCAGCAAAGAGAGCUGAGUUGGGGGUUCUGUUGAGAAGUGGUCAAUGGUUCCUUGGUUUACUCAGUAACCUCUACUGCAUAACAGAUCAGACCCCAGUAUCAGCCAGAUGCGUGCAAAUGGAGUACAACUAUUCUAGACAUCUUACUAUUUGAGGUAUCUUACGCUGUGGUGACCUUGGAAGGAGUUGGGGGCUCCCUCUCUUCCAGGGCUAGCGCAGUGUCAGAAGAGGGGGAGGGUGGGGAAGAAGAAUGCUCCACCGCACGUUGCGUUUUUGCCAGCUAGUUGUUGAAAGUGCUGCCCUACGCUGAGGGAGGCGGGAACAGAAAAUGUAUGUGAGAGGGGAUGCGGUGUCUCUUAUGAGAAACAGUAACAGGAGGAAGUUCAUGGGAUGCAGUUUUCGCUGCCUGUGCUAACUGUACCUGCCCCACAGCCACUAACAGCUCAAGAGGCUUCUUUGAAGUCAGUCUUCGCCAAUCAUGGGCCUUUAGAAGAUUGUCACUAGCAUGUUCUCUGCUUCCCAGAGUUGCUGCUCAUUGUGUGUGUGUGUGUGUGUGUGUGUGUGUGUGUGUGUGUGUAUUGUCGCCAUAAAAGUCUUGUUCAGAGGACCAGUUGGAGGGUCCUAACCCAGGGUAAUGUAGAAGUUGAACAUAGAAAGCUAUCUUAUACUGCAGCAGACUGUUGACUGAUAUAGCUCUGUAUUGUCUCCGUAGCUACUGACUAAAUAAAGUGCGACAGGAGCUGGAAAGACAUGCUAGUAUUUUAAACAAAAUGUCAAGUAUCUGUUUAGGAUAUCCUGGGACAGAUGAAUUAGCCUGUCCCACCAGUAGGAGGCCAUUGGUUUCUGAUUUGAGUGCUAUAGAGGUGUCCCUUGUGUUUAGAAGUGGACUGGGAAAUAGGAGUAAAAUCCACUUGUGCCUUUGCACUUGUGAAAUGGCUUUUGAUCCAUCAGGCACUUCUGAUAACUUAAGAAAAGAGAUGUGGUUUUUGGUUUUUUCUCACUGCAGUCCCAAAGGCUAUUACAGUGGUGGUGGUGGGGACCCUCCAAAAUGGUUUGCAGGGGAAGAGGGGGGGAAAUGGAUUCUCCUUUACUUCAGUGGAUGUCUUCACCGAAUUAAAAGCUAAUCUGUGAGCAGAAUGGUGGCAUGGUUGGAUUUCAAAGCAUGUGAUCUCCAGCAAGGAAUCCUGGGAACUGUCGUUUGUUAAGGGUGCUCUGUGAGGAGGAAACUCUUAAUUACCAGGAUUGUUUGGGGAAAGUUGUGCACUUCAGAUGUCCGUUGAAUAUGUUUUAAAAUGUAUAGUGUGGAUCUGCCCUGCCCAAAGUGUGUAUGUGUGUGCAGGUGGUGGUAAGAAUUCCAACAGUCAACUAUUGAAAAAAGUAUAGAAAAUGACUUUUUGUAAUUGGGUUGCAUCACCUGCUGUGGUUCUUUUAUUUUUUGAUGCACGCACUGCUGCUUAGAACAGUCAUGAAGAGGGCAAAGCCUGUUGCAUAGGCAACCACCCAACAACACUUCUUUUCUUUCCAUGCAAAUAUGUUUUGUGUGUAUAGCAAUGCCUUUAAUCAUGAUUGGUUUGCCUGGCAAAUUUUGAAAUUUGCCUGUUCACAAAGCAAGGUUCAUUUUGUUACCAAAUGCUCAGAAACAUUUGUUCCCCCAGCAGUCAGGCUAGCAUGAUUUGCUUUUGUUUCCAUGAAGCAACGUCCUACACUAGGACUAAACAUGAAGAGCCACACCAUUGCUCUGUAUGUUUUCUUAAAAGUUCAAGCCGGCUUCAGCAAUGAACCAUCCCACACAGUGACUACCGUUCUGCGCCUCCUGGUCUGAGGAAUGCAGACCAUGAGCUCUCGAUAUUCUUGACUUAAAUCAGCCUUGUCAACAAGCCCACAAAAGUUGCAGAAAUGUUUGUUAGCCUGCUGGGGCUGUUCCCCUUGCACCUGGUUCAGUGCAUGGCGGCGGGGGGGGGGCUUCCAUCUGCCGGCACCCUACUUGGUUUCUAAGGUGAUCUGAGGAAGGAAGAUGUUCUCUGUCCUCCCCCACCCCCACCCCCUGUAGUAGGGAUUGUUGAAUUUUUCAACUUUCAAAUUCCAAAAGUGAGGAAUUUGCUAAAAAGUUGCAACGUAACUUGGGAAUUCCAAAGAUAUUUUGGUUAAAUUAAUAUCAUUUAGUUUUGCUUAAAAGGUAAAAUGUGUAAAAUUGCAUAGAAAUCAUUAGAAAUGAUUGCCAAGUACUUGUAAGUUUUAUAUAAAUAUUAUUGUUAUUACUUAUCAUUUUCAGAAGGUAAAAUUAAAAUUCUUUGCUUUUCUGAGAGCAGUUUUUGUGCUUUUUAAUCAAAUGUAGAUUUACCAAGCUAAAUGUUGUCCAAGAAAAAAAUAAUAAUAGCAGAUUUGAAUUCCUCAUGCCCCAAAAUGUAUUUUUAAGACCUCUGAAGAAAUUUGCAAAAAUUAAAUUCCACCCCCUAAAAUGACAUGCUCUACUCCACCAGCACAAUCGUUUUUCUACAUGUGUUCACCUGCAUGCCAUUCCUUGUCGCCUAGGGUGAUCACCCCUUUUCACCACUUUUUCUGGAGCUAGACAGCCCGACUCAGAAUAGAUCUAUUUUGUAAACUGAACCGACACGUUCCUGGUUCUCUGGUUAUCCUUAAUAAGCCUUAAUGGGUCUGUUGUUGUGGAUGAGAGAGUGUCACUCUCAUGGCAGAAGAGACAUGGAAAAAGACCACAUGUGCAACAGCAAGAUUAAAACACCAGGAAGAUGUAACAGAUCUAGAGCAUGUGACCCUCCAGAUGUUGUCAUAGAGGUGAUGACCAUUUUGUGCAUGUUCAAUUGAUGCGCAACCGACACGUGUGUUGCUUUUGGCACCAGAAGGGGGUGGAAUGGACUUUCAUGUGACCACUGAUGUGUGCAUAGACCCAGAACACAACCCCUGUGCAAAUAGGGACUUGCCUGUACUACAGUUCUCAUCGUUCCUGACUGGUACUGAUGUCAGCUUGAGCACAACAGAAUCUGCAGAGCCACAGGUUAGCCACUCCUCUGAGCAUCUUUCUGUCACCAGGGGUCUGCCACUGAGAGUAUGCCUAUUACUGUAUGGAGGAAAUACUUACAUGGAAGUAUAUUUUGUGCCUAAUGAAGAAUGGAACAUCCAGUUCUGUUACUUUUUACUGAUGAUACUAAGUGUAUAUCAGUCUUUCCAAUAUGAUGGCCUCCAAUUGGGAAUUAUUGGGUUCCCAGUUAAAUUGUUGGGCUCCCACCCAACUCCUAUCAGCUUCAGCCAGUAGUCAAGAAUGAUGGGAGUUGUAGUUCAACAUCUGCAGGACUACAUGUUAGGCUCCUCUGGAAUAUGUAAUGCCUGAGUCUGUCUUAAAAUAAACUGAUUGGUUUUGUUUCCCAGUACAGUACAUGAAUAUCAUGCAAUGAUAUCUGUUUCUGGGAAUGUAAGCCACAGAUUUUCUUCCUAGAUAUGCUUUUUGCAAAUGUAAACAGUGAUUCUCUUGGGAAAAUGUUGGCCUUUAUCUAGCAGUCCAGAACUGAGAUGAACUUAAAUAGUUACCAAAUGACGUUGGAGGGCCAGUGCGACCUUAUCUAGUUCAUACACCAAUCCCUCCAUGUCCAGAUGGUGGUGUGGGCUCUGAGAGAAGCAAGCAAAAUGAUUUAACCAGAGGCUCAUUUCUGAGCAGACAUGGUUAGGAUUGCACUGUUGUUCAGAGAUGCUAGCAAGACCACAUCAAAGUUAGUAAAAGGGUUGAAUCCAGAGGAUUCCUGAACUAGCAGGCUGCCUUUCUGUAUUGAAAUUAGUCAAAAGACUCCUCCUACCUCAGCUUUCAGUGGCAGCAAUGUGGAAAGACCAGAGUGCACACAAAGUGUGUGCUAGAAAGCGGGGUUUCUCUUCCACAGAACCACAAGUUCAGAGAAAUACAUGUAAUGCAGUAGCUUAAAUUACCAGAGGUCUCAGAAAAGAGCUUUUUGUGGAACCUAGCAAAUAUUGUACGUUGGUUAAGUUAUUAAGAACAACCCUUACAAGUGAUUGUCAAGCUCAGUGGUCAACGCUGCACCCCAAAAUCAUUGGUGUGUGCGCGCGCCGGGGAAAUACAACAUGGGUAAGGUAUGCAAUAUGCUAUGUCCCUUAAAGUGACAAGAUGGGGCAACCGCCAUCUGGAGAUUCUAAGGAGGGAUUGUUUUGCUUUUAGUGGACCUUCUAGCUAGCGAUCAUAGGAAGCUUUUUCAUACUAGAUCAGCCUGUUUGUCUUUCGGGAUUAGCAUUGCUUGUUCCAAUAGGCAGCUGAGACUUCUGAAUAAGAAGCAUGUGCUGUACCACUGAGCGUUGGCCUCUCUCCUCUUUCCUAGGCAUUGGAAAAUGUAGCUUUUUGCUUAAGUGUGACCAGCUUUGGAUGCUCUCUGCUGAAACGGUUGUAUUUUGAAGCUUGGCUUGCUUAGCUUGUGCAUGGUAUAGUAUGUUAUGGCCCCUGCAGAAGUGUUCUGACAGUUUCCCCCACCUUUUCAUCAUUAAGUUGUUCCAAGAUUCCUACCCAGUUUAUUAUUAAGGAAACGGGAAGUACCAUAUGGGACACACAGGCAGGAUCUCUGAAUGGCUGCAAUUAAUGCUGAUAAAGCUCAGUUUUGCUUCCCUUUCCAAGCUUCCUGAAUCUUGGAAUUUAAAGUGGGGCUGAGAAACCUGUGACCGUUCAUAUGUUGUUGAACUCAAAACUCCCAUCAGCCACAGCCAUCAUGGCCGAUGGCCAGGGAUGAAAAGAGCUGGAGUCUAGUAACAUCUGGAGGAGGCUGCAGGCUCCCCAUCCCUGAUUUAAAGUAUAGGGGAGGUAAUAGAUUUUUCUCCUGUUGCAAAUGAGAGGUCAGAGUAUUCUAGAGUGAGGACUGUGGGGGUGGCAGCAGAGAUGAGUGGCAGGCCUGUGUUGUGCUGCCCUUUCUCUGAUCUCUUCCAGGAAGUGCUGCUGCUGCUAGCACAGCAUCAGAUAUUAUAAUAAACACAGGGUAGGGGCUGUUCUUUUUCAAGCAUUCCGGCCCUCUCUACAUCUUCAGAUCACAGAGUCAUCAGGGAAGAGAAGCAUCCAGAUGACCAGCUCUUCUGACUGUCCGCACUUGAAACUUAGCAGAACUUUUUUUGGUAUUAAGUCAACGAAAAGCAGAGCUCUGGGCUGGGCUGGGUAGAGCAGGGGCAUGACCGAUGAAUUCCUCGCGCUGCCAUUUAUCCUAUGAGAAAACAGCAAGAGUUCCUGGAAGUGUCCGGGCUGCUGUGUCAAACUGCAGAAAUGGCAGUGCUUGCAAGCCUUCUGCCCGUACUGACUGUUCUCAUUUAAUACAGAUGACAGUUGCUCCUGGCAUGCUGCAGGGAGCCGCAGUUUAUCACAGCGUGAUCAGGCAAAGCUGUUGCAACUUCAAUUUACACAUAUCUGCAGUCGCUGUCGCUUGCGUUACAUCUGCUUGACCGGCUGCCCUUUUCGUGUUGCAGCCUCCAGUCCCUUCUGAUUGAAAUCCCAGGCUGAUGGAUGAGCUGCUGUGUUUCAGUGGCACAACCAUGCCCUUGGAGCGUUUCAGGAAGCUGUGAGAGAUUAACUUGAACAUUUUGCAUCACAGGGUGUGACUGCUGCCCCUUUCCUGGGGACAGUGUGCUUCCUAAUGGAAUAUUUACGAGCUCUCAUCCAUCACAUUGCGGAGAGCAGGGUAUGAUCGUGAGCCAUCAAACCCCAUCUGUGAGGGUGGAAUGGCUAGCUAAUCCUCUUUCGAGCAAACAUAGUGGCAGAUGCUGCUAUCGAUACAGCCCACUUGGCGGUCAGCAAACAUUGGUAGGGUGAACUCCCUGGGAUGUGGUGAGAGAAGAAGCACCACCGGACUCUAUUUGUUCUGUCAACAUGGUGCCCAAGUAGGAUAGUAUCAUGGUUUGUGAUCUAAUUAUAUAUACAGAUUUACCAGGUUCCUGUGGUAUGCCAGCUACAACCGUUCCUGGAUAAGGAUAGGUUAGCCACAGUGACCUGUGCACUGACAGCCUCAAGAAUGGAUUACUGUAAUGGACUCUUUGGGGCAGCUCCUAGAGCUGGUUUGGAAGCUGCAACAGGUGCAGAAUGCAGCCCCUCCAAGUGUCCCUGAAGUGCCCUGGCCCAGUAUACAUGAAGGAGCGUCUCCACCCCCAUUGUUCAGCCCAGACACUGAGGUCCAGCUCUGAGGGCCUUCUGGUGGUUCCCUCACUGAGAGAUGUGAGGUUAAGAGGGAACCAGGCAGAGGGCCUUCUUAGUGGCGGCUCGCGUCCUGUGGAACGCCCUCCCAUCAGAUGUCAAGGAAAUAAACAUCCAUCUGACUUUUAGAAGACAUCUGAAGGCAACCUUGUUUAGCGAAGUUUUUAAUGUUUGAAGUUUUUUUCUGUUUUUCAUCUGUUGGGAGCUGCCCAGAGUGGCUAAGGAAACCCAGCUGGUUGGGUGGGGUAUAGAUAAUAAAUCGUCAUCAUCAUCCCUAUUUUCCAAGGACAGUCCUGGAUUUACAGAAGCCAUCCUGGUUUUUGAUUUGAUCCUGGAAUGUCCCACUUUUCCUUAGGGCACCCCUAUUUUCAUUGGAUACCGUAGAUGUUGGAGGGUAUGAGAAUACAGUGGUUAGGUUGCUAACUGAAGCUUCUUGCUGCAUGCCAAUCGGGCCCCAAGUCAGUGUUCCUCUGUUGACAUAUAAAGCUACAACCAACUUGGGAGCUGGUAACCUGGGAAAAAACACUUCUUCUAAAUGAACCUGCCCAUUCAAUUAGAUCUUCAAAGGAGGACUUCCUGGCUGGGCCAUUAACUGCAUUAAUCCACCUUGCGGUAACCCAGCGUACUGCCUUGGCUGUGGUGGUGCCUGCUUUGUGGGAAAGCCGCCUCUCUGAAAUAUGGCAAGCACCUACAGUAAUGUGAUUUUGCCAUGUGUUAAGAACAUAUCUAUUCAACCAGGCAUUUUCUCAAUUGUAGCUAUUUCUCUGCCUACUGUAUUUGCAUACUGCAUCUUAUUUUGAUGUAAUUUUAUCGAAAGGUUUUAUAUUAAUACUGUACACGGCCUUGGAAUUUUGUUUUAAAUGAAGUACAUUAUAAAAAUAUUUUAAAAUAAAUAGUAUAAAUGCAGUUU